AUGCCCAUCCCUCCCCGUCCCAUCCCAUCGCGCCGCCCCGGACACUCGGUACCCCACAAGCCCAAGUCCACCCUCUCACCUACCAGCGCCAACACCCUGGACUGGCGCGCCGAGGUCGCCUUCCUCGAUAGCUAUGCCGCGUCCCGGAAGGCUCAGGCAUUCUCUAUGCCCACAACUGCCGGCGUGGCAAUCAUGCACGCGGCCACGAAGGAUAGGGAGGUCGCUCAUGGUCAACCCGGGAGUGUCGGCGAUAUGAGUGGGACACAAAGCAAGGGGGCGAGGGAGGUCGGACUGGAGGAACUGAUUCUGGAUGGAAAGGGCAAGCGAGAGAAGCGAGCUACCACAGCCGCGACCCUAGGCUUUGACUUCAUCCACACCCCCUCCGUCCUCGUUUUGCCCGACACGGAGCCCACCUCCCCUCUUUCCCCCGCAUCAGCGAAACGCGGCCUCUCCAUCAUCCUUCCCGGCAGGUCGACACCCACAUCGCUCGCUAGCACGCCCAAGACACCCGGCCUCCUCGCUUCGUCCGCGCCCAAGGCUGCAUCCCGGUCAUCUGGCGAGGAAGAAGACGAUGAGGAACUAGACGAGUGGGAGCAUGUCCAGCUCCUGGAUGGGACGGAUCGGGAAGCGGAGGAUAUGAUACUAGGCGAGCUGGAACUGGACAUGGACGGGCUUGAUGUGGUGGACAAGAAGGAGGCGGUAGGGAUGCGGCGUAUCGAGGGUUUGAGCUACGCUGCGGCGUUGGGCCCGCGGUGA